AUGAGAAAUCAUACAUCACUCACCAGAUUCAUCCUCCUGGGACUGACAGAUGACCCCCAACUGCAGUUUCUGAUCUUUGUAUUUUUACUGAUCACCUACAUGUUGAGUGUAACUGGAAACCUGACCAUCAUCCUCCUCACAUUAGUAGAUUCCCACCUUAAAACUGCUAUGUACUUUUUUCUCCAAAAUUUCUCCUUUUUAGAAAUCUCAUUCACCUCUGCCUGUAUUCCUAGAUUUUUGUACAGUAUAUCAACAGGAGACAGGGACAUUACCUAUAAUGCUUGUGCAUGCCAACUCUUUUUUACAUAUCUCUUUGGAAUAACAGAGUUUUUUCUUCUGGCCACCAUGUCCUAUGAUCGCUACGUAGCCAUCUGCAAACCCCUGCAUUACCUGACCAUCAUGAACAACAAGGUCUGCAAAAGGCUCAUCUUCUGCUGUUGGAUGACUGCUUUGUUGAUCAUAUUACCACCACUUAGCUUGGGAUUGAACCUGGAAUUUUGUGACUCUAAUGUCAUUGACCACUUUGUCUGUGAUGCUAAUCCUAUCUUGAAGAUCUCAUGCUCAGACACGUGGUUGAUAGAACAGAUGUUUAUUGUUUGCUCUGUGUUGAUCUUUAUCAUGACUCUUGUGUGUGUGCUUUUGUCCUACAUGUAUAUCGUCAGAACAAUUCUAAGAUUCCCCUCUGCCCAGCAAAGGAAAAAGGCCUUUUCCACAUGUUCUUCCCACAUCAUUAUGGUUUCCAUUACCUAUGGCAGCUGUAUCUUUAUAUAUGUCAAACCCUCAGCAAAAGAUGAAAUGACCAUUAAUAAGGGAGUGUCAGUACUCACUACUUCCAUUUCCCCCAUGUUAAACCCAUUUAUUUAUACUCUGAGGAACAAACAAGUGAAAAAAGCUUUUAAUAAGUUAGUCAAAAAAAUUAUAUUGCUCGCUAAGAACUAG